AUGCUGGACUACCUACAAGAAGACCUGGACUCCAUGCAGAAGGAGCUCCACGACUGGCGGGACGAGAACAAGAGUCUGCGUCACACGCUUCGAGCUGAACAAAGCAACAUGGCGUCUGCCAUCGAGCCGCUGACGGUACAGCUGAAGGAGCUGGACGCAGCCAUCCUAGAGCAGCAGGACCGCAUCAGCAUCGUCAAGUGCUCCGUGCUGAGGAAUAACGACCGCAUACACUCCCUCCUGUCAGCCGUCAGUCUCGGUGCUGACUAGUCGUCUGACUCUUGUGCUCUGACUAACCUCCUGACAUUUUAUGCUCUGAUUAACCUUCUGACAUCUUACGCUCUGAUUAACCCUGUCAGCCGUCAGUCUCGGCGCUGACUAGUCGUCUGACUCUUGUGCUCUGAUUAACCUCCUGACAUCUUACGCUCUGAUUAACCCUGUCAGCCGUCAGUCUCGGCGCUGACUAGUCGUCUGACUCUUGUGCUCUGAUUAACCUCCUGACAUCUUACGCUCUGAUUAACCUCCUGACAUUUUAUGCUCUGAUUAAUCCUGUCAGCCAGCAGCCUCGGCGCUGACAAAUCUCCAGAAAACUCGCUGUCAGAUUAACCUCCUGGCAACUUACUCUUCGAUUAACCACUUGACAUCUUACGCUCUAGUUGACAUUUUUCACUUAUUUCAUUGCUAAUGGCAAAUAAAGUUCAUUCUUCACCAGAAACGAACCGGUUACGGAACCGACCUAACCAUUCGCUAAACGCUUCAACUGUUUAACCAUUAAUUUAAGUGACGAUGGGAUCCCAAUAAUUUGAUGUCUAGAAUUAUUUACUUUGAGCAUAAUUGGUUUCCUCUUUAUGCGAGUUAUUUUAAACCUUAUUCUCAUUUGUCAUAUUCUACGUAUUCACCUCAAAUUUUAUCGUAAUUUAGCUAUUUUAUAUUCCUUCAUGUUAAUAAUUACUUUUACUGUCCUUCAUAAUACGAUAUUCACCUGCAAUGUUCACUCAGUGCUCAACAUAUCAAUUUAUUUAAGGUAUCUACAGUUGAACUCAUGAACCUUGUUGCCAUAUUCAACACGUUGAAUGUGGUACGACCAAUCUGUUGGUUUACCGGUAGGUCAGCGUUGAAUGCGCGUUGAUGCUAGUCUAUAAUUGAAUAUAGGAACUUGAAUCACAUUGUCGUUAACGAUCACAGAUUCGUGUACAUAUAUUUUAUCCAGAGUUAUAAUAAAUAUUUAUAGUUCGGUAACCGCACCCGAAUAGAUAAUUAAGUUAUAUAACUCAUAUAGAAAGUAGUUAUAAUCUUCAGCUCAUUUCUUAAUUUAUAUUUUUAACUUGAGUUUUCUUUCUCCAAU